AUAACAUGUUAUUUUUUCUUUUUCAUUAAUAAAUUACAAAUCUUAAACAAGAUUCAUUAAAGUUCUUAAGCGCAAUCAACUUCGUAAUUAACCGGUUAUACAUUCCUAGAUAGAUAGAUAAUCCUUCCCGGGUCAACCACCAAAAACUGCCACCAAAUCCCAUCAAUCUUUUUUCCAAAUAAACUGGAAAAAUAUAUACACAUACACAUUAUAUAUAAAUAUCUUCCUAAAAAUAUAAAUGGUUAAUAUUUGGUGGCCUUAAUUUCAAUCUCAGCUUUUGUUAUGAGAUAGAGAUGAGAAUACGUCCUAACGUUGUGAAUCAAUCUCAGCUUUUGUUACCUAAACCCACCAAUCUGCAUAACAUGAAGACACGAAAACUUUUUGGGGUUUCGCUUUCUUUGAUUAUUAUCAAUUUGGCUGCUAUAAUGGAGAGAGCAGAUGAGAAUCUGCUUCCAUCGGUAUAUAAAGAAGUUAGCGAAACGUUUAAUGCUGGACCGUCUGAUUUAGGGUACUUAACGUUUAUACGAAACUUUGUUCAAGGAUUAGCUUCUCCAAUGGCUGGAAUAUUGGUGUUAACGUAUGACCGCCCCACUGUUCUUGCAAUGGGGACGCUUUGUUGGGCGUUAUCAACAGGGGCAGUUGGUGGUAGUCAUUAUUUUAGUCAAGUUGCGUUUUGGCGGGCUGUAAAUGGAUUUGGGUUAGCUAUUGUGAUUCCUGCAUUGCAGUCGUUUAUAGCUGAUACUUAUAGUGAUAGUGUCAGGGGGAUGGGGUUUGGUUUUUUGAGUCUUGUUGGGAUGGUAGGUGGUAUAGGUGGUGGUGUGGUGGCUACCGUUAUGGCUGGUCAUGAGUUUUUUGGGGUACCUGGAUGGCGGUGUGCUUUUGUUUUGAUGGCGGGGUUAAGUUGCUUAAUUGGGUUUCUAGUGUUUUUGUUUGUUGUUGAUCCUAGAAGGUUAACUAGCGUUGAUCGUGAUGUGGGAGAGAGUUACGCUGAAAGGAAUGAAUUGUUGGAUAGGGGACGUGAUUCUGUAUCUGUUUGGGCUGAGUCAUGGGCUGCCAUGCAAGCUGUGAUGAAAAUCCAAACGUUUCAGAUCAUUGUCUUGCAAGGUCUUGUUGGUUCGCUCCCAUGGACCGCCAUGGUGUUUUUCACCAUGUGGUUCCAACUCAUUGGUUUUGAUCACCAGAAGGCUGCAACUCUUUUGAGCCUUUUCGGGGCAGGGUGUUCAUUCGGUUCACUAUUGGGUGGGAUCAUAGCAGAUCGAUUGUCUCAGAUCUACCCUCAUUCUGGUCGAAUCAUGUGUGCCCAGUUUAGUGCCAUCAUGGGGAUCCCAUACACUUGGUUUCUUCUACGAGUAAUACCACAAUCAGUAGAUAGCUACCUAAUAUUUGCAGUCACACUUCUUUUUAUGGGCCUUACAAUAAGCUGGAAUGGAACUGCAUGCAAUGCACCCAUGUUUGCAGAAGUGGUUCCUGCCAAACAUCGAACCAUGAUAUAUGCGUUUGACCGUGCCCUGGAAGGGUCAUUUGCAUCCUUUGCUGCACCUAUUGUUGGGAUCCUAGCAGAGAAAGUGUAUGGGUAUGACGUGAAAUCUGUGCAAACAACCAUUGGGUCUACGAGAGAAGCACUAGCACUGUCGAAAGCACUUUUCUCAAUGAUGGCGAUUCCUUUUGGGAUGUGUUGCUUGUUCUACACCCCGUUGUAUCAGGUUUUUAGACGGGAUCGUGACAGUGUGAGAAUGGCUACCCUAAAAGAAGAAGAAAUGAUCCGAGUCACCAAUUUGUUUUGAUUAGAAUGUGUACUAAUAGCGUGAAUGUAUCAUAACUAUAACACAAACAUAUAGACAGUUGAGUUCAGUGUUUAUUUUGACAAAAUAUAUGAAUACGAAUGUAGUUCCCAUUUUUUUUUA